AAGGGUGACUGGGACCAGGUGCGGAUGCCCGGCAAAUGCUUCAGGUUUGCCGAGGUGAAGGUUUCGCCGAGGCGCUCUGCGGAGUACAAGGCCAAGGUUCUGGAGGCGGUCGGGCUCGUCGGCGAGUGCGCGGGCUACAAGCACCUGGGCAGCCAGGAGCUGGAGGCGCUGAAGGAGAUGAUCAGCAUGAAGGCCGAGGCGUUCUGGGUGAAGGGCACCGCGCGAACGGUCAUGCGCGGCUUCAAGCACGACGUGGUGACGACCGGCUUGCCUGUGCGUGGGCCGCCGAUCCGCCUGAAGGGCCCCGAGGCUUCCAUCGUCCGCGAGGAGCUCGAGGCGGGCGUGGAACAAGGACUGUACUCCAGGGGGACCUCGCCCUGGGGCAGCUGGGCCUUUCCGACCAAGGAGCACGCGAGCGGCCGGAGGCGUCGGACCGUCGUGGACUACCGCAUGGUCAACCGCAGGAUGGUGAUGUUCGUGUACUACAUCCGCCGGUGCCGAGACGUCAAGGGCGAGCUGGUGGGCUGCGCCUUCAUCUCCGGCAUGGACGGCGCUCGCGGCUUCAACCUCCUGGUCAACACUGAGCACGCGAAGGAGGUCCUGGCUGUGCUGGCGGGCUGCGGCUGCUACCUCCCCGAGGUGCUGCAGCUGGGGCCAGCGACGGGGCCCUUCGACUUCCAGUUCUGCACCGACGAGCUGUUCACCGGCACCGGCCGCGGACGCUACGGUUCGGUUUGGAAGAACUACAUCGACGACUUCUGGGUCAGGACGGGGCAGUGGCUGAACGCCGGGUUCGCGGGGACUCGCAAGGCCAGCCAGAGCUACGACCACGCCAAGGGCGUGCUCGUGGGGCUGUGCGUGGCGCAGUCGGCCACGGGAGCGGCGGCCAUGGACGGCGGCGGGGUUGCCUUGGCGAACGGCCUCCGCAUGCUGGUGGUGGCUGCCGCGGUGCGCACGGCAUCCUUGAUGGAUGAAGGGCUGCGCGCGGGCGUGCAGCUGACGCAGGACAUCUUCGAGGCGGCCGGCGACCUGGUCCAGAGCGUCUCCUGGAACCUCAGCGGCCUCAUCCACGAGGUGUGCGAGGGUGCGGUCCUGGUGGUGCGCGUCCUGGUCGUCGUGCAGUGCUGCUACGCUCUCUACUGCCUGCGCUCGUGGGUGGCUUGCCGUUCGCAGCGGGCGGCGCUGGAGCGGGCCGCCGCCGCCGGCGAGGCGGCUCAGCGCGGACUCACGUCCAGCGCGCGAGCCUGCGAGGCCGGCGACGGGCCCGCCUUCGGCCGCGAGCCGAUGGCCAGGGCGGCAGCCGCUGGGAGGAGCCCGGGCGGGGCCCUCUCAUCAGCAGAUGGCGCCGCCAGCCCUGUGGUGGCGCUGUGGCGCGAGGCGGAGUUCGAGACGCCCCUGCUCGGAGCGGCGGCGCGCCCCCGAGCGGAGGUCCUCCAGAUCCAGCGGAGCGCGGCGGUGGCGCUGCGGGACCUGGAGCACUCGGACGCGGGCGACCUGUGCGAGUUCGAGGUAGAGGUGGCCGGCAGCCGCGGCGUGCGGUAUGAUGUGCGGCUUCGCGCUGGACGCUUGGCCGCAGCGUUGAUCCCCGCGUCGUGCACCUGUGCCGACUUCGUCGGCGGCGUCGGCAGCCCCUGCAAGCACAUCGGGGCGGCCUGGUGCUGCGCGGUGGACGGCAACUUCAGCGAGCUGGUGGAGCUGGCGCUCGCGGCUGGCCGCAAGGAGGGAGCUGCCGCUGGGCCUCAGCGACGCGCGGCCCUGGCGCCGAGCGACUCCCUUGGCCUCGCGGGGGCCGUGCGGGAGCUCCGCGACUCGGAGGCCGAGGUCGUGCGCCUGCGCGAGGAGGUCCAGCAGCUGAAGGCGCAGCUGGGGGCGACCUCCAGGCGCGGAGCCGUGACCGAGUUUCUCUCGGCGUCGGAGACGCUGGCGGCUUGGGCGCGGGCUUGCGGCGAGGCCGAGAGCUAUGUGUAUGUGGCGUGCUUCGCCUUCGACCAGCCGGGCGUGGUGAACUACCUGGAGGCGGCUCGAGCUCGAGGCCUCACAGUCCGUCUGGUGUUCAGCGGCCGUGACAAGGCCUUGACCAACAACCAGGGGCCGCGCCUGCAGCGGCUCCGAGCCUGUGGGUGCGAGGUGCGCGCUCACAAGGGCUCGCGGCUGCACGCCAAGGUGAUGAUGACAGAGCGCGAGAUCGUGCUGGGCAGCUGCAACUUCACGACUGCCAGCCUGGGCAACGUGGAACGCGGGGCCAGCCUGCAGGAGCUAUCCGAGGAGACGGUGCUCGAGCAGAAGGAGUGGUUCGAGCAGCUGUUCGAGGCGGCGGCGCCCUUCAAGGACGGGAUCGGCGAGGCCGGCUGGGCGCGAGGCCUAGCGGCCGUGGCGCUGAGGCGCGAGGCGCUGGAGGCCACCUGGGCGAGAGGCCUAGCGGCCGUGGCGCCGAGGCGUGAUGCGCUGGAGGCCCGCCGGGCGAGAGGCCUAGCGGCCGCGGCGCGAGGCGCUGGAGGCCAUCUGGGCGAGAGGCCCAGCGGCCGUGGCGCCGAGAUGGCAGGAGCGCGGCAUUUUGCUGCGCCGUCGACGCCCGGCAGCGCCGGGAGCUACGAGCGACUGCAUGGCGCCGAGUUCGGCGACUUCAAGGAAUUCAUCGACUUCAAUUUUGUGGAGCGGCACGUCGCGGAGGACGUGCCGGGGCGCCUGUGCCGCG